UUUUCUCGCACCACCAUGUCAGAGGACGACAGUGGCUCCACCGCCGGCUAUGUGUCUGACACGGACGGCAGCAACGUCAGCGUCCUCAACUGGGAGCAAGUGCAGCGGCUGGACGCCAUCCUGACGGAGACCAUCCCGAUCCACGGCCGCGGCAACUUCCCCACUCUGGAGAUGCAGCCGCGGCAGAUCGUCAAAGUGGUGCGCAGCCGGAUGGAGGAGAAGCAGAUCCACGUCCGGGACGUUCGGUUAAACGGCUCCGCGGCCAGCCACAUUCUGCACGAGGAUAGCGGACUGGGCUAUAAGGACCUUGACCUCAUAUUUUGCGCAGAUAUGAAGGGGGAAAGUGAUUUCCAGACUGUGAAGGACAUAGUUUUGGACUGUCUCCUGGAUUUUUUACCCGACUGUGUGAAUAAAGAGAAAAUAACCCCCUUAACGUUAAAGGAAGCCUAUGUGCAGAAGAUGGUGAAGGUGUGUAAUGACUCAGACCGCUGGAGUCUCAUCUCCCUCUCCAACAACCGAGGGAAGAAUGUGGAGCUGAAGUUCGUGGACUCGCUUCGGCGGCAGUUUGAGUUCAGCGUGGACUCCUUUCAGAUCAAACUGGACUCCCUGCUGCUGUUCUACGAGUGCUCGGAGAACCCCAUGGCCGAGACCUUCCACCCUACCAUCAUGGGGGAGAGCGUAUACGGGGACUUCAGCGAGGCCCUGGACCACCUGCGUCACAAGAUCAUCUGCACCCGGAACCCAGAGGAGAUCCGGGGCGGGGGUCUGCUGAAGUACUGUCACCUGCUGGUGAGGGGCUUCCGGGCCGCCUCCGAGUCAGAGAUGAAGUCCCUGCAGCGCUACAUGUGCUCACGGUUCUUCAUUGACUUCCCUGACAUCGGGGAGCAGCAGCGCAAGCUGGAGUCAUACCUUCAAAACCACUUUGUGGGCCUGGAGGACCGCAAGUACGACUACCUGAUGACCCUCCACGGAGUGGUCAACGAGAGUACGGUGUGUCUGAUGGGACACGAGAGGCGGCAGACCUUAGGGCUGAUAGCCAUGCUGGCAGUGCGAGUGCUUGCCGAGCAGAACGUCAUUCCCAACGUGGCUAAUGUUACAUGUUACUACCAACCUGCUCCUUAUGUGGCAGAUGGCAACUUCAGUAACUACUACAUAGCACAGGUACAGCCGGUGUUUGCUUGCCAGCAGCCUGCAUACUCCACCUGGCUGCCCUGUAACUGAGACAGCCCCGAGGAGAGGAGGAGGGAGAGAGUGUGAUUUGUUUAAACAGGACCAAGCGGCACAGUCGUCGCCUCAAACCUGCCCAGUGUUUGACAGCUGACAGAAAAAGGAGUCUUCUUUUUAAUGUUUUGCAUCAAAGCUUGUGUUUUUUGUUCAUACGUUGAGUAUGAAUGAUAAAUAAAGAACCGUUGGCUUUCAAUUCAA